AUGGCUAUAAUCAGAGAUUACAUGGGGAUGGCUCGAGUCUUUCGAUGGAGAUUAAAUCGGCCAUCAAAGUUCAAUCAUGGCGGCGCCUUUCUCAUCCGGGCCAGAACUAUUUUCUCCCCUAAACACAUCAUUACUAAAAGAGAUGAAACUGAUGUAGUUGUCACCGUGCCUUUUCUCGCCGGCGACCGGCAACGUUUUCUGGACUUCAACAGCACCAAAGAAUUGCUUCGGGAGGCCUUGGUACGGUUGAUUCUUGUGGGUUCGUGCCCGAAUCUCGAUGCAUUAGCCCAGAGAGUUGCUGAAGAGUUAUUCUGUUCGUUUCGUUUUAGCCCUCAAUUCCUGAACAGGGGAGAUACCAAACUUGUUUUUGUGUUGGAUUUGAAUGUCUAUGUGGAGAGGAAAGAGUCGGAUCAUUAUCGCCCGGAAACCAUCCAGUGGAUCACGGCUGCCAAUGAACAGUUUAGGAAACUUCUUGAAGAUGGUGGGGAAAAUUUUCCUGAGGAAAUUAAGGAGAUUGAAGAUUAUUUGAAGAAUAAACCGGAAAGAAUCCAUCAGUUGGAGUUGAAGAAGGGAUUGUUGCAUGAAGUUUUGCCUGCUUUAGAGGUUGACAGGAUUUCUGAAGUUGUUGUUGAAAAGAAUACGGCUGCUACAUUCAGUGAUCAUCAUCGUGCACAAGUAAAAGUUUGUCCAAUUUGUUUGGAAAGCCUCUCUAAAGGUGAUGAAUUUGUUGUGAAAGCUCCUUGCAACCAUGUGUUUCAUAGAAGUUGUAUCUUCAAUUGUCUGAUUAGGACUGAUUCUUGUCCGAUUUGUAGAACAAGUUUUAAGAUUUCAGUCUAAUUAGCUGC